AUGUCGACCUUCGAGCCCGUCGUUGUCAUCGACGGCAAGGGACACUUGCUCGGUCGUCUUGCCAGCACGGUCGCGAAGCAGCUUCUCAACGGCCAGAAGAUUGUCGUCGUGAGAUGCGAAGCCCUCAACAUCUCUGGCGAAUUCUUCCGUGCUAAGCUCAAGUACCACGCCUACCUCCGCAAAAUCACCCGCUACAACCCAACCCGGGGCGGUCCUUUCCAUUUCCGCGCCCCAGCCCGCAUCUUCUACAAGACCGUUCGAGGCAUGAUUCCCCAUAAGACCGCUCGUGGCGCCGCCGCAAUGGAGAGACUGAAGGUCUUUGAGGGCGUUCCUCCUCCAUACGACAAGAAGCAACGCAUGGUUGUUCCCCAGGCUCUGAGAGUUCUGAGAUUAAAGCCUGGCCGGAAGUACUGCACGGUUGGACGAUUGGCGCAUGAGGUUGGUUGGAAGUACCAGGAUGUGGUUGCCAGACUCGAAGAGAGAAGAAAAGUCAAGGGCGCCGCAUACUACGAGAGAAAGAAGGCUCAACGGAAACACCUGGCCGAGGCACGCAAGUCGACUGCCGACCACGAGUCGAGCAAGAAGUUGGCCGAUCUGGGCUAUUAA